AUGUUGAGAUUCGUUGAUUCAUUGAGAUUUUUAAAUUCAUCAUUGGACAAGCUAGCCGUCACAUUAAAUGUCGAGAAUUUAAGAUACUUAGCUCGAGAAUUUCCCCAGGCUACUCCUGAACAAAUAGAGUUAUUGCGAAGAAAAGACAUAUCCAAAGUUUGUAUGUAUGAUUUUCAUUAUAAUUUUAUGUUACCAACUAUCGGAACUGAAAAUUUAAAGCUAAUGUACGGUGAUACGGAUAGUUUUGUAUAUGAAAUAUCAUGCGAUGACGUUUACAGAGAUGUCAUUAAAGCGCAUCUGUCUAAAUUUGAUACAUCCGACUAUGCUGGAAACAAUCCAUAUCAAAUACCACAAGUAAAUAAAAAAAGUAUUGGGUCUAAUGAAGUGAGAAUGACUCAUUGUGUAGGGCUUAGAUCUAAAAUGUACUCAUUCAAAUUACAAUAUACGGACGAGGAGCGAAAGACGUGGCAAAGCUACAAAAAUAGCAUAGAUGAUGGUGCUAUUGAAAAAAUCGUAAAUAACUUGGGUGUCACGAAAAAAUCUAAAGGUGUUAAAUAUUCGGUAGUAAAAAACAGCAUUACAUUUGAGGAUUACGUGACGUGUCUAAAAGAAUUUACCUCAAAAAACGUGAAACAAUCAACAUUUCGUUCCUACGUACAUAACGUGUUUACAAUAAUACAAGAAAAAAUUGCCUUAAGUCCACAUGACGAUAAACGGUAUUUACAACAAAACUCAUAUGAUACUCUUCCGUGGGGUCAUUAUCUCACUACAAUGAUAGAAUAAACGAUAAACGGUAAAAUAGUAAUGACUGUAACAACAAUAAAUGUAAAACUUGAUGUGCUCCAACUAUCUCUUAAUAUUAUAUAUUAUAUUAUGUAGGCAAACAAU